AUGAGUCGGAUUCUUGCAAAUGGCGUCAACAAGACAUCGUCUCUCGCAAACGCACUGUCCGAUGAUGAGAAUGCAGUGAGAGAAAUCAGGAAAUUCCUCAUUGAUAUCGUCCGUCAAAAUGGCGGUGGACAUGGAGGGUCCGCCAUCGGUAUGGCACCUCUCGGGGUUGCGCUUUGGAGGCAUACAAUGAGAUACAAUCCGCUCAAUGCAGAUUGGUUCGACCGCGACCGUCUGGUGCUAUCAAAUGGCCACGCCGCCAUGUUCAUCUACACCAUGAUGCACGUCACAGGCUAUCCCGGCAUGACAUUAGACGAAGUGAAGCUGUACGCAAGUCCCAAGGCGGUAGAUGUGAAAACCGGGACAUGGAAAUCAACGAUCUGCCACGGCCAUCCCGAGAUUCAAGUCCCUGGAGUUGAAGUGACGACAGGGCCUCUCGGUCAAGGAAUAGCCAACGCCGUUGGGCUGGCCAUUGCCUCCAAGCACUAUGCCGCCACUUUCAACCAUGACGGCCACAAUAACAUCAGCUCGAGGAUAUACUGCAUCACUGGGGAUGGAUGUCUCCAAGAAGGUGUUGCCCAAGAAGCCAUGGCUAUCGCAGGCCGCCUGGGUCUUGACAACCUGGUUCUCUGCUACGAUAACAAUCAAGUCACCUGCGAUGGGCCGCUACACUGGAUCGUCACCGAGGACACCAAUGCCAAGCUGCGAGCACUUGGUUGGCAUGUGAUUGAUGUAUUCACCGGUGACACUUCUGUGCAGGACAUAUUGGCUGCCCUGACUCUUGCAAAGUCGGUGAAGGGUCAACCCACAAUGAUCAACAUCCGCACGACGAUUGGUUAUGGCACCUCUACUGCCGGUACCUUCAAGUCCCACCACGGCACUUACACUAAUGACGACGCCUCUCUCUACGCCUCUGGCACCGAUACAACACACACCUUAUCGGCCAGGACAAAAGCCUACUUUUCUGAGUGUGCAGCCGUCGGCCAAGCUCUUGAAGGGAAAUGGAAUGACAACUUGAAGAGAUACGAAGCUGCCUUUCCCGAGGCGUACAAGAGUCUCCAAGACCGAAUGACCGGAAAGGUAGAUGUCGGAGACCUUCUCACUAGUAUGGAAGUUCCAAACACGAUCAAGUCUACUCGAGAAGUCAACGGCACUGUUUUCAACAAACUCAUGGCCCAAAUUCCUAGCAUGAUGGCCGGCGGAGCAGAUCUCUGGAACUCCAAUCAAAUGGGGGAUCAGUCUCCUCGGAUCUUUGAUAGCGCUCACCCAGAAGGGCGAGUCAUCCGUUAUGGCAUCAGAGAGCACGCCAUGGCAUCGAUAUCGAAUGGUCUUGCUGCGUAUUCUCCACAGGGCAUUAUCCCCGUCACAGCAACAUUCUUCAUGUUCUACCUAUAUGCCGCACCGGGGGUGAGGAUGGGAGCACUGAGCGACCUGCAAGUCAUCCAUGUGGCAACCCACGACUCAAUCGGAGAAGGUCAAAACGGCCCCACACAUCAGCCUGUCGAGCUUGACUCGCUCUAUCGCGCUAUGCCUAACCUACUAUACAUGCGCCCUUCAGAUGCCGAGGAAGUGGUCGGCGCGUGGAUGGUGGCGUUGGAAGCGAUCAAGAUGCAGAGCAUCAUCUCGCUUGCUCGUGACCCGGCUUUGUUCAAGAUUCCUAACACCAACCGGGCGAAGGUGUCCAAGGGCGGAUAUGUCAUCAAGGAGAAAGAAGACGCCUUGGUGACCCUGGUUUCGUGCGGCUCGGAGCUUCAGUUUGCGACAGCAGCAGCCGACGAGCUCGAUGGGUUAGGUAUCCCAACAAGAGUUGUCAGCAUGCCUUGCAUUAGGCUGUUUGAGCAGCAGGCCAGCGAUUACCAGGAUGAAGUCCUUUCAGGUUCGCUCCACAUUAUUUCCGUCGAGGCAUAUGUUUCUACCAUCUGGGCGCGGUACUGUACCGGGUCCAUUGCGCUGGACUCUUUUGGAUAUUCCGGUGCCGGUCUUGAUAAUUUCAAGAGAUUUGGCAUUGACAACCAGAGCAUCGUCAGGAAAGUCCAAGCACAUAUAGAUGCGCUCAAAUCGGCGAAGAAGCCCAGAAGAUGGACCUUGCUUUGA